AUGGGGUCGAGUUACGCUGUAUCGUCUCUCGAUCUGGUGCGUCAGCUUUGGGGGCAAGCAAAGCUGCCGGUAUGUGUAUUGGAAAACACGUUGCGUAAGGGUAAUCUGGUGUUGGUCAACGAUCCCGCAGAGGCAGGACAGGCGAUUCGAUCGUCGUUUCAACUGACAGCUGUUGCUCAAGCAUGCUGUGCAGUGACUGCGUUGGCGGAAAAGUUUCGAUGCUCUCUCGACAAGAUUAAAGAGCGUGAUGGAAGCAGGGAAGAGGUUGACCAGUUGGUGUUGGAGAAGGUCACGGUGGAUGCAAAGCACGCUUUGGCUGAGUUCAAAGGGUGGGCCAAGGUACACAUCAGCACAGACGAGUGCACGGCAAAGCAAGAGAUGCUACGAGCAUCCGUCUCGCCUGACAGUGAAUCUGCCAGAGAGGUGCUUGGCAUCGACGAGCACGCAGUCGCAGAUUGGGACGCUCUAGCUGGACUCUACCGCUGCCGUCCUUCUUCCUCCAGAAGCGUCCCAGCACUGGUCCGGAUACACACCAACUUUCCACAUCACAAAUUGGGCAUUCUUCAGUUGCUGAAUCUCGCCCCCUCGACAGCCGUAUGGAACGAUCCGAACAUACAUACAGUCUUUUCACGGGUUUCAAGCGAGCUCCUACAGAGAGAAUUGGACAAGUGGGACGCAUUCGAGUUCGAAGCGGCUGCUCAGGAGAGAGGGAUGUGCGUCACCGCGUACAGAAGUAGGUCCGAGUGGGAGACGUCCGAGAUGGGGCAAGCGCUGAAAGCGUGGAUGCGAGACAACGAUGGUAGUGCAUUUCGAAUUUCUAGCCUGGCGCCCCAUCCUUCUCGCAGGCGCAAACACGAUCGGAUCGACAAAAGCUUAAGAGUGAUCGACAUGUCUCGAGUCAUCGCAGGACCCAUAGCCACCCGAACACUCGCAGCAUACGGAGCAGAUGUGUUGCUACUUAGCAGUCGGGAUCUUCCAAACCUGCCACUGCGAGAAUUGGAGACUGCUCGAGGUAAGAGGAGUGCCUUUAUCAAUCUACCGAAACUUGAUGAUGGUGUGAUGCAAGUGAAGGAGGAAAUGAAGGCGCUGGUAGAGGAAGCGGAUGUCUUUGCGCAAGCGUAUCGUCCGCAAGGCCUUGCGGAAAGAGGAUUGGGCGCUGAAGCGGUGCAGAAGAUCAGGCCAGGGAUCGUGUACGCCGAGCUGUGCGCUUUCGGUUUUACGGGCCCAUGGAAGGAUAAGAGAGCAUACGACUCAUUGACUCAGACUGCUUGUGGCAUUAACCAUGUCGAAGGGCUUAGUUACAAACUACAGCACGGAGUAGAGAGGGAGGAGGGUGCGGAGAAGGUGGAGCCGAGAGCGCUACCCGUGCAGGCACUCGAUUACACUGCUGGGUCACUCAUGUGCUUUGGAAUUCUGGCAUGUAAGUGUCGAUUCCUGAUGUCACUGAUCGGGGUCAAUAAGGAAGCAGUGAAGGAGGAGGGAGAGGCAGGCUGGAAGGUGCAAAUCAGUCUUGCAAGUACAGCGGAAUGGAUUCUCGGCCUGGGUCAAAUUCAUGGUGACGACGCUUGGAGCAAGCCUCCUGAAACGGUCAUCCCUCUCGAAGAUGAGGAAAGAUUGGCAACGAUGACGAGCAGCUACAAAGUGCGCGGUCUUCCAAACGACGCGAUGAACGGCAAAAAACCAAACGUGGGCGUGUUAGCUAUUCGACAUGCGUCCGUCCCUGCGGAUGACGGUCCGGCUCGCACGCUGGCAGCGCAUCAUGGUGGUUACAAAUGGGCGGUGCCUGCACAUCUCGGUGUUGACAAGUUGGAGUGGCUGUAG